CUCUCGACCCUCUCCCUCCCCCAAAUCCUCCGCACAUAUCUCAUAACCAGCAUCUCCAGCUCCCCAACCCUGCUGUCCCUCUCCACAUCGCUCCUCCGGCGCAUGCUCCUUUCCCGCAACCCCCUCUUCCGCCUCGACUCCAACCCCUUCCUCCGCACCCUUCUCAAGGAGACGUUCUACAAACAAUUCUGCGCCGGCGCCACCGCGCCCAGCAUAACCUCCGCCUGCGAGGGCCUCCGCGCCCAAGGCUACAGCGGCGUCAUCCUCGAAUACGCCGCCGAGAUCCUCGAACAAGGAAAAGACACUUCUGAUUCUUCCGCAAAAGAAGCCGCCGACAUCGCCGCCUGGCGACAAGGCAUGCUGGCCUCCGUCGGCAUGGCCGCGCCAGGGGAUUUCGUCGGCCUGAAAUGGUCCGGCAUGGGCACCGCCGCGAUGCACCGCAUGAAAGAGCAAUUGCCGCCCACGCAGGCCAUGGAAGAGGCCAUGCACGCGGUGUGUGCGGCGGCGCGGGACCGGGAGAUCGCGCUGUUGCCGGCGGCGGAGGAGACGUGGAACCUCGCAGGUUACCACGCGUGGACGCUGGGUCUGCAGAGAAUCUUCAAUUCGAACAACGUGGCCUCCUCGCCGUCGUCGUCCGCCGAACCGCCGCGGAAGUGCGUGGUCUACAAUACCUACCAAGCCUACCUGCUCUCCGCGCGGACCAGCCUUGCCGCACACCUCGCCCUCGCGGAGGAGGAAAAUUUCACCCUCGGCGUCAAACUCGUCCGGGGGGCUUAUCUCGGCAGCGAGCAGGAGCGCCGCGUCAUCUGGCCUUCCAUCGAAGCGACCCAUCACAGCUACGACGAGAUCCUCUCCGCGCUGGUGCAGAGGAAGUACAACGACUUCUUGCACCCUGCGGUCAAGGGCGAAAAGCCCGCCUCCACCGCGACUUCUGCGACGCUGCCGCCGACCAAUGUCGUGCUCGCCACGCAUAACGCUGCGUCUGUCGCCUUGGCGCAGAGAUUGCGACGCGAGCAGCGGGCAAGGGGCGAGGACUUGACGCCGUUGGCUUUUGCGCAACUACAGGGCAUGGCCGAUGAGGUUUCAUGUGGACUGCUCGCGGCUUCUGCGGAAAGCGGGAAGGAUGCUGCAGCGGUCAAGGAGAGGGUUUUGAAGCUGACGGUGUGGGGGACCAUGACGGAAUGUUUGAAUUAUCUCCUGAGGAGGGCGGCGGAGAACAAAGAUGCGGCCAGUCGGACGAGUGAUACGCGGAGGGCGAUGGGGAGGGAGAUCGGGAGGAGGGUGAAG